AUGAGUGCGAAUAUUUUUGUCACAGGGGCAUGUGGUUACAUCGGAGGAUCUAUCGUCGCUGAAUUUGCUCGGCAUAAGGGCGGGCUCCUUGAGUCAGCUAGAAUACACGCUGCAGUCCGGUCAGACGAGCAAGCUGAGAGUUUGUCGACGUUAGACGUCAGCGUUGUCAAGAUUGAUCUUAGCAAUCCCUAUGCUUUGGCAGGGUAUAUGAUCCGCAAUGACGUUAGCAUCGUGAUCCAUACUGCAACCUCGAUAGACGCAGAGGUGGUGCAAAACCUAAUAACGGCACUGAAGAAACGGCGUGAGGCUAAUGGAAAGAAAGCAUUUUUCAUCCAUACUUCGGGGUUAUCAGCAUUCGAUGACAACACUGGUUGGCCAUUCGGGGAAGUAAGAGAUAUUGACCCAGUUUAUUUUCUUGAGAAGCAGUGUACGGACUCGUACAUUGUUGACGUUCUUGUCGCCGAACAAACACAAGCAGCCGGUCUAACGGGGUUGAUAGUGAUGCCCCCAACACUGCAUGGAAGAGGCGGCGGAACCUGGAACCGACUAUCCCCGCAAAUCCCCGCCCUUGUCAGAGCCGCAAUUAAGAAUAAACAAGUAUAUAAGUUUGCAAAGGACAGGGAAGUCGUCUUAACCCACAUCUCCGACCUAACCACCUUCUACGCGCAAAUGGCCGAAGCAAUCCUCCAAAAGCGAGCCCUCCCUGCCGGUAUGUCAGGGUACUACUUCACCGUUUCCCACUCCGUCCGGUGGUGGGAUAUUCUCGACUGUUUAGCAGCAACAAUGCACGCACGAGGACUGGUAGACGAACCGACCACGAAAGUAUGGCCAAGCAAUGCCUUCGCAGCAGAGGCGCUCGGUGUCCCGAUUAAUUUUGCUCAUAGCAUGUGGGAUUCGAGUCCGAAGGUUGUCUGCGUGAAUAAAGAUUUAAUUGGCUGGAAGCCAGUAUGGAAUAGAGAGCGGUUAUUGCAGAGUAUUGAUGAGGAGAUUGAUGACUUUUUGGAGUUGGGAGUGCCCAAGAGUAGUCUUCUGGAUUCUUUGAGACAAGCAAGGGGGUGA